AUGUUCGACCGGCAUGUUGUUAUAUAACACAAUUAUUCAAAUAGUUCUGUAUUAAUAACUGUAUUUAUUAAACACGCCUCUUUUAAGUACUAUACAGCAUAUAAACUAUUAACACUGGUCGAACAGUUUAGUUGUUAUCACUUUGUCCAAGCACAAACUACCCAAACGAUCAGCUCGCGGGCAGAAUUCCUAUUUUAUAAUUUAAAAAUUAAAACCAUUAAACUGAAAACAUGCCUGUCAGCGACCAUCUAAUCAAAUGUGUGGAAGGAAAGAAGUACGAUGUCGUCAAAAAUAACAAAUAUUUCGAAUGGGUAAACGACUUUGAAAAUUCAAUAAACAAUCUUACAGCAGAGGUGUUCGACGUUAUAGGAGUGAAAACUGAAGCCGCUGUUAACAUCGGAGUCGAUAUUCUGGAUAAACAACAAACGUUCCUCAAAGAUUUAGUAGCCAACUAUUCGAAAAAACUUGUGUCCAGUUCAUUGGCUAACGAUGAAGCUAGAAAGUUUGCAAACGAUUGGGCUGAAGGUGUUGAAUACCAAACUGCUCAAAAAUAUCACUUGAUGGGCGGAGCAAGUGCUGAAAAACUCCGUUGGUCUUUUGAGUCGGCUAUCUCUUACUUUAUUAUAUGUUCGACCACUCUGGCUGAUAUGGUUGAUAGUAGUGAAUUCAAAAUUGACGUUUCCAAUUUCGCAAAAGAGGGUAUUCAAAAUUUAAUCGAUUCUCUUCAAGAAUUCAAGGAUGGCGUCGCAGCUCUCAAAAACUAAUGUGAUCUUAUGAAAACUAUUUCUAUGCAUAAGAUAUGAUAUAUUAUAUUAUUGUUCAUAAA